CUGCAACGACGCGUAAUCUGUCAUUUAGUCAUUGAGUAUCGUCGUUCAAAUCAAUUGGGAAAAACUCAAUCCAGCAUUAAAAUGUCCAACGAGGAACUGCUGAUCGCACCCGAGGUUGAUGAAAACCUUUCCGCGGAGGAGCGGCUCAAGGUGGAUAAAACUUUGGAGAAGGAAAUUACCCGGCUUCAGAGGCAAUAUCUCAAUACAUCCAAUGCACCGACGGCCUCCAAGGAUGUGCAUAUUAUGCAAUGCUUGGAAAAGAAAUUGAAAUAUCUGAAGCAUGAGCAGAAAGAGCUGAAAACCAAUCUGAGAGUGGCGUACGGUCCCUGCCACGUGAGAAGAUACGACCAACAGGUUCAGUACCUGGAAUCACAGGUCCGUGUGCAGAAUGACCUGGAUCUGCAAAUGAACGAAAUUCGAACGCAAAUACGACAUUUGGAAUCACAAAUGAAACGUUUGGAAAAAGAACAAAAAGACCUGCAGAAGGUGUCCCAGUCGGACUAUUUUUACCACAAUCGAGUUACGAAAGCUAAACAAAAGCUCGAAACGUUAGAAAAUCGAGUGUAUAACAACAAUAAGAUUGAAGCUACUGUUGUCGCGAAGAACCGAAAAUUGAAGAAAAUUAUCAAAGGGAUGCUUGUGGCGAGAAAACUUUUCCAUCAACAAUGGAGGCAAAUGAUCGAUCAGCUGGCGUACGAUAAGAAGUUCUUGAUCGAUAUGGUCGAAAGGACAAUUCUGGCAUUCAAUCAAGGAGAGGAUUUGUGCCACAAGAUCGAUUCACUCAAAAGUCAUGCCGCAAGAGAGGAGAAAGCUCAAAGACAGGAAAUGCUGGAACUGAAAAGAAAACUUCAAAACGAUUCCAGAAAUCACGAGUUUCUCCGAGUGAAAGGAUUUCAUCGGGAUAUGUGUGAAUUGGAUCCAAGGGAAGUUCGUCGAAGAAAUAAGAUGAAAUCUGACUACAGCAGAAUGCUCGAGAUCUACGGGAAGAUAAUCGAAAGAACUCAAAGGCUCUGUGGAGCGGACAAUAUUGAGCAGUUGAUUGAGAAAUAUCAAAAACAAGAAGAUACAUUCUUUGCUCACUUCAAUUACCUCAAUGAGCUAACAUUCCAGUAUGAGCAACUGAACAGCAUUCUAACUGAGCUUAAUGGAAAGCUGGAUGGUUUGAAGGAACAAAAAUUGCGUAAGGAAGCACAACAGGAAAAGGGCAUGAGAGAUCUUCACGAACAGUUGCUCAAAGAGUGUGAAAAAACACAAAAAAUGGAAAAGUCACUGAAAGGGGAUGAAGAUCAGCUUUCAACACAUUUGCAAGAGAUUGAUGAUAUCCUGGGAAUUAUUGGGUUCGAUCGAAACGACAUCAUGAAACUACUGGGAGAUCAUAGGAAGGUUACCAAACAAAACGUGAAGCUAUUUUUGGCUGCUCUCGAAGUGAGGCUGAACGACAUUUUGGCACGUGUUUACACGCAUCCAACAACUCGCGACGAACCAACACUGAAAAGGCCGAUUGUCCGAGAUCGUCAAGAUAUUGUUCAGGUAGAACACGUCGUAACUACACAGCAGUGCGCGGAAUGUGCUGAAGGACAGGAUGUCAACAAAUAUGACGAAGCCAUAGUUCUACCCAAGGACCAAAUCGAUUUCAAGGAGGGGGUGAGGAGAAAGGUUGUAGCUCCGGAAAUGCAAUAUCGACUGCACAAUUUGAGUAAGUGUAAAUUACCGCGGUCGAGAAUUUUAGUCAACAAGAGGUAUCAGUGAAAAAAUUUUGGAUUUUUUUGUCAUGGUACAGCACAACCUUUUUUAUACAAUCAGCACACUGUCGUAUACAAAUUCAAUAAAACAAAAUUGUCGAAAGUUCUUCGGGAUGGAUUUAUUUACAACACAAAUUAUCCCAAUUUUCAAUGUGGA